AUGGCAGUACAAGGCACCACCACAGACGCAUUCAAAUCUCUCAAGGAGAUUCUGCAAAGCAAUCUCGACAACGGCGAAGAACUCGGCGCAGCCUUAUACGUUAGCUACAACGGAGAACCCGUUGUCGAUAUCUGGGGUGGCUAUGCCGACGAGAAACGAACCCGGCCUUGGACCGAAGAUACCAUCGUCAACGUCUGGUCAACAACCAAAAAUGUCACUGCGCUGGCUGCUCUGAUCCUCGCCGAUCGCGGAUUGUUGGACCUUGACGCCCCGGUUGCGAAGUAUUGGCCCGAGUUCGCUGCCAAUGGCAAGGAAAAAGUGCUUGUGCGUCAUGUCCUUUCUCAUACCUCUGGUGUCUCCGGCUGGGACGAACCAUUCGAGUACUCCGAUAUCUACGACCUGGAGAAAUCAACUGCUCGCCUCGCUGCCCAGGCACCCUGGUGGGAACCAGGAACAGCAUCAGGCUACCACGCUGUCAAUUACGGCCACCUAGUCGGCGAAAUCGUUCGCCGCGUCUCCGGAAAAUCGCUUCGAGACUUUGUUAGAGACGAAAUCGCGCGUCCACGAGAUGCAGAUUUCAGUAUCGGUGCACCGGAGUCUGAGUGGCCUCGUCUUGCUGAAGUAAUUCCCCCUCCUCCCAUGGAUCCAGCUGCUUUCGCAGCACUGGAUCCGCAGAGUAUCCCCAUAAAGACACUAUCUGUCGGAUUGGCUAGCGCGACUUAUCCCAACACCGCUGUAUUUCGAAAAGCCGAAAUCGGCUCUGUCAACGGUGUAACGAAUGCGCGAGCCUUGAACAAGAUCUUUGCUCCGUUGGCGUUGGGCGGUCCCGACAGUCUUCUCUCUCCCAAGACUCUGGACAGAAUCUUUGAAGUUCAGGCUGAUGGGCCCGAUUUGGCGAUUUUUGCACCCUUGCGUUGGGGAAUCGGGUUUGGAUUAUCGCAUCCUGCUAGCACGCCUUAUAUCCCGGAAGGAAGGGUGUUCUUUUGGUUUGGAUGGGGUGGAUCCUUUGUGCUUGUUGAUGUGGAUAGGAAGUUGACAAUCACUUAUGUGAUGAAUAAGAUGGGCGACGGGGUUAUUGGGAGUCCGCGGUCGCAGCAGUAUGUGGAGGCUGUGUAUGAGGCUGUUCGUAAGCUGUAG